UGGCUUCCGUUCGUCAUGGCAACCAUGUACUAUAAAGUGAGGUUGAAACACUUUAUUGCACGGAAUCAGUCGGGCUCGGACUUAAACGGAUUGAAGAUGAUUGGAUACGCCCUAUCUGUUGUCGUCGCUUGUGCCCUUGUCGCUCCUCAAGUCUUGUGCUAUGACUUCACAAACAAAGGAACGUGUGGACUAAAGCCAUGGAUCAAGCGUGGAUGCAGAAUCGCCCUCGACCACUCAUUGACACUUCAAUUUGACAUAAGGGAACAAGAAAAAAACAACAUCGACUGGAACAAUCUUCACCCUUGGUUGACGAAUUUCGCGUGCAAGUGCCGUCAAAAAGCUCUUGAUUCGAAACACACUUUUUUCGGUCUUGGAGACUAUGGCCUGUGCUACUCUGGAACCGGAUUAAAUGAAUACAUUGAAAAACAUCCACUUGCUCCAGAAGGUAGCUGUAUUGGCGUUCUCAAACAUAACCACACGGUCGUCAAUGAAAAAACCGGCGAGGUUUGCUUGGCUGGAUACUCGAGACUCUAUCUAUACCAGAUCGUUACCGGUGCUGAGAAUCCCAUGAGUACAGAAGGCAACAAUGAAGGAGAACAAGUUGUAGACAAAAUCUGUACAUCCAAGUCAGACAUCAUCAUCGCUGUAGACGCGUCAGCUAGUCUUGACACGGAGUUUCCAAAAGUGAAGUUUUUUUUGAAGAAGCUCAUCAGUCGUUUUGAAGUUGGCAAAGGGACCGACAAAUCGAGGCUCAGUAUUUUGUCCUUUGCUGAUAAGGCUAACUUACUAAUGUCCUGGGCGGAUAGUCAAGUUCUUACCAAAAGCCAAAUCAACACUUUAGUCGACAAAAUGCCCUUUGCAGGCGGAGGUACGGCCACAUACGACGCCAUAAAAAUGGCAGUGAAUGAUAUCAUCAAGCCAUUCAGACGAACAGGCGUCACACCGACCGUGUUUUUGAUUACUGACGGUGAAUGCUUCAGGGGAGACUUUAUGCUUCCAGGUCCAAUCAAACUACUGCGGGAAACAAAAGCCAGAGUUAUUGCUAUUGGCGUUGGUGAUGCCAACAAAUAUGAAUUGAAGGAUAUCACUGGCGACGAACGUUUGGUCCUUUUUUACAAAAAUUUCCAAAACAUUCUCGACAUGGCAGCAACUAUUCUGAAUAAGUUAGUUGUGGAAGCUUGUGUCUAAUAAAAGAUCAUCAACAGAACAGGAAAGGGACCGGCAACGAAACAAACGAAUCCAUGGACAACACUUAUACUUAACCUAAAUGAUAAAAUUAACUAUGUAGCGGAAGUGAGCAUGCUAUGGCACGUGAUCAUCUGGUCACGUGGUUAAAACGAUUUAACGUUUUGAAGAGUCCAUAAUCACCUCUUUGUCUAACUAGGAAGAAACAUAAAUAAAUGUCAAAUUGUCAAAGCAAAA